UAGAUCAAGGAUUUUGUCUGGGUUGUCUGUCCAUCUGAGAUUCUCAUUGGCGCAAUAGCUCAAGGACGAGUGGUUCAUUGUUUGGAAGAUUUAUAUGGAAUUAUCAUUGUAACCAGCGGAAUAGGUUCAAGGUCACAGCAAGGUCAAAUGUCUGAAAUUGUUGUGUUUCAAUAGCUUCCUUCCUGUUUAAAGUAUAUUUUAAGGGAAUUUCAGGCAUACAAAUUAGUAACAAGAAGGGAGAGACUUGUAGGUGGUGGAGGCAUCCCCAUCGAUGCCACUGGCACGGAGUUGUACCUGUUCAUUUUGUGCAGGAAUUGAAAAGUCAUGUUGAUGAUGUCACCUGUCGUCCGUCAUCAGAAAUGUAUGAGUCAGUGUCACAGUGGGGUAGGGUAGGUCUGUAAGUCCGGGUGGCCUCCUAUCUAUUCCUAGACUCUGCAUUGGGCCUCUGGGAAUGCAGGAAACAGGAGGGGUUCACAUACUCAUUCUCACGGGUGUGCGUCUGUAUAGGAGUGUGUCCUGCUGGAAAAACCUUGUGUUCAAGCAGCUGGGUCUGAACGGGACUUUCCUUUUGCCUACAUUCCAUACAGCUUAAAGCAUUUAUGGGCCUUUCAGUCUUUUAGUGGAAGCUAAAAGUUGUCACACUACUUCCAUUAAAUAUUUGUAAUGUUAAUUUUUAAGCAUUAUUAAUGAUGUUUAAUGAUGGCUUAAAGAAAUAAACCAGACUGCUUAUACUGACAAUUAAAUAAAUGCAAAAAUAGUUUACAUAGGAAGAAGGAAUCUGAUUUACACUCAGAUGUUUAAUUGAGGCUUAGUUGUUAGCAUGUUUGCCUUGUACCUCCGGGGGUUGGGGGUUCAAUCCUGCCUCUGCCUUCUGUGCGUGGAGUUUGCCUGUUCUCCCUGUGCUUCGGAUUCCUCCGGGUACUCCGGUUUCAUCGCACAGCCCAAAGACAUGCAUUGUAGGUUGAUUGGCAUUUCCAAAUAGUCCAUAGUGUGUGAAUGGGUGUAAGAAUAUGUGUAUGAUUGUGCCCUACGAUGGGUUGGCACUCCAUCCAGGGUGUCUCCUGCCUUGUGCUCCGAGUUCCCUGAGAUAGGGUCCAGGCUCUCAGUGACCCUGUAUAAGAUAACCGGUAUGGAAAAUGGAAGUUUAAUUAUUUUUUUUAGAUUUGAACUAAUGAUAUGAAACUAAUGGAACCAAUCGAACUACAAACUUCCGCUCCAUCACUGAUUGAAUGACGCCUAUGAUUGACCUCCAUUACCCAGAAGUUAUACAUAUAUACAGUCCUAACUAGUCGAUUCAUAUCAUUAUCAUUAGCUAUUAACUUAAAUUCGUCAGAAACUGGAAUUCCUGGACUGUUCAAUAUAAAAAUAACCCCAUGAUUCAGGAAUUACCCAUAAUUAUGGGCUUCAGUAAAACUUUAAAUUGUGAAUGGUUGUUUGAAUAUUGUUGUCUCUAUUUUGGAAUGAUACAGCAUGUAAAACCUACAUUGUAUUGAUAAUAGAAUAUUACCCACAUUUCCCUAUACACUAUCUGUGGUGUCUGAAAAACGCAGCUCUCUACUGGUCCACAGUUCUGAUUUAGAAGAGUGCUGAAUGAUGACUGCCUGUGAUGACAAAAUCCUGUCAGGCAGAUUAUUUUUGGUGUCUAUGUGUGUGGGUCAGAGCCACAGAGCCUCUUGUGCUAUUCCUGGCAUCACAGUGAGGAAGAGAGAGGCAUGAGUCUGCUGAUUUCCUUAACAGAUCUUCAGUUGAUCCAUAUCACUUUCAGCUUGACAAAGUCUAAUCCACAUCCACGCAGCAGUACAGAUCAUCAUUUAUUAGCCAGACUCCAACCUGACAAAAUAUAAUAGUAUAAAUUUGUGAAUAUGUUCGUAAAUAUAUUAAAUAUAUUCUCUCUAGAGUCACGAUGGAGGAGGCGGAACUGUUAAAGGAGAGACUUCAAGCCAUUACACAGAAUAAACGAAAAAUCCAGGAGUACAUUGCCUCAAAGCGGCUGGAGAUCGACAAGGAAAAACUAAAGCUUCAGCAACUGAAGAAAAAAUCCACAAGAGAUCUAUGGCUUAUGGGUGGCACAAGUGGUGGAGCAGCCCAGAAAGAGCAAAAAGCUCAGGAUGUCACCCAGCAGACCAAAGCACUACAGAGCAACAUUCAUCGGAUAGAGAAAGAAAUUGAAGCUCUGGAGAGGGAAGAGCUCAACAUCUCUACAAACGAAGGCCUCAUCCUGAACAGGCUGAAAGCCAUUGAGAAGUCCACAGAGGACAUUAUUAAGGCAGCAAAUGAAAAUUUCAAGUCAGGAAUUCCAGAUGCCCAAAAAUCUUAUACACCUUUAAACAUGAGGAAACAACCAACAGUGAAUCAAGGAGUAAAAGCUGACCAACAGAAACCUGCUUUGUUUGCCAUGGAGAUCAACGUGCAGAAGGACCUGCACACCGGUGAGAGCCGCGUCCUCUCCACCUGCACAGUUCCGGCCCAGGAAUUACAGCAGCGCGGCAUCAAGGUGUACGAUGACGGCCACAAGUCUGUGUACGCUUUGCACACUGCCUUGGAUCAACCUGAAGCCAAUGAACUGGAUGAGCUUAGCCCUAAGGAGGUGGAGGAGCUCAUCAAACAGGCCACAUUGAGAAGGAAGAAGCCUCAAGAGCAAAAUGAGCCCCUAUGUCUCAAGAACUACCAGAAUAGCAACUGUUCAGAGAUUUGUAAUAUGCAUAUGAGUGAAUGGCCAGAGCUAGAGUACAGUCAGGGUAGUGUACACUAUCCCUACCACGAAAUUCAUGACCCUGCUCACAUGUUCCACCAUUACAGUGACCAAAAUGAGUAUCACAACAGCAAUGGCAACGGUUAUGAGAUGUAUGGAAGGGAAACGAGAUGUGACACAAAGCAGAUUUACGACCCCCGAGAGAGAUACAGAAGAACUCAAAGUCAGCAUGUGGACUCAGUUGCGAAUCAAAUACCUCCUAUGUCCUACAGAGAGGACCCUAACCUCAGCGUCCUAAACACUUUGCCUUCAGACGAACCUGUCACUAUGAUCUUCAUGGGAUAUCAGAAAGCUGAGGAAGAUGCACAGAGCUAUGAAGGCUCCAUUCAGGCAGAGCUCAUCAUCAUCGGAGAUGGUGAGGAAGAAACUCUAACAGGUGCCACUCCUUUCCAAAAAAGACACGCCCAUUCUCACCAGAACCGCAAUACCAACAACGCGUCCACACACCUGACCUCUGAGACGUUGUCCACAGCUUCCCUGAGCAGACAAACGGUGUAGCAAGUGUGAGAUGAUGGAACUCGGCUCAAAAGCUCUAUGGGGGAAAUUGAAGAUUGCUGACUACGAAAUCAAAAAGACACACUCGCAAGAACUUUAGGUAUCCAGUAGGAGUGAAAGGAGAAAGAUCGUCUGACUGGAUUUGCAUAGGGAUUUGAUUCUCACUUGUGCCCUGCGAUGGAUUGACACCCUGUCCAGGGUGUACCCCGCCUUGUGCCCGAUGCUCCCUGGGAUAGGCUCCAGGUUCCCCAUGACCCUGAAAAGGAUAAGCAGUAUAGAAGAUGGAUGGAUGAUUCUCACUUUGAGUGCGAGAAGUCAUAGACUCAAAUCUCAGCCCUUCUUUCCUUAUGAACCAUGAUAUCCUUCAAAUUUAUUCCCAUCAGUUCUAUGUCAUUAGCUAAUUUCAAAAUGGGCUCAAAAAGCCCAAAAUAGUUAAGUUAGUAAAGUUACUAAAUGCUUUAAACCACUGCUAACCAAAGGCUUAUUAUAAUCAGGAUGUCAAUAACAUACUCAACAUUUCCUAAGGCGGUUAUGCUGUGUACCCAAAAAUAAUGUUGCUGCAAUGUUCUGAUGCUCUAAUGGUAAUAAUCUAAUAAUAAUCCCCCCCCCCCCCCCCCCCCAGUUUUCUUGGAUGUCUCUUACACAGCAUUCGCAGAUAUAGACAAAAUUCAGCAUUACGUUUGUGUGAAACAUUCCUGCAAACAAUAAUGUUGCAGCAGCACUAGAACUGUAAUAUUGAGAAAAUGUUCUGCUAAACUAAAAUGUUUUUGUGCAGCCGUCACCCUCCUGGAGCAGGAAGCUGUCAUGUAACUUGUGUGACCUGGCUAGGGUUUGGGAAUUUGACCUAAAAACUGUAAAUUAGAAGAAGAAAACAAGUCAAUAUUUUUAAAAAAUGUGGGGCCAAGGUGUCGCCGUCUCAUGCCCUGAGUCCCUGGGAUAGGCUCCCUGAGAAACUGUGUAGGAUAAGCAGUAAAGAAAAUGAAUGGAUGGACUCUUUUUCUCUCAAACCUUUCUCAUGUCUUAUUUGUAUCUGUUUUUAUUUUUCCUAAGGAAUUUUAGGAGAAACAUCUGCGACACCAUUGAUACUAAAAUGAGAGAUAUCUGAGAAUCAAGUCUCCUGCUCUUAGGAAAAGUAACGUCUGAGCAAUAAAUUGUUCCUCUGAGCCGCCACAUUGACCAUGAUACAGCAGUCAAUAAAGAUAAAUCAAUUAAAAAUAACAAAGUAGAUAAAUAAAAUGUAGUAAAUAAAUGUAGACCACAAUACCCUUAAUACAAUCCAUUUCCAGUUUCUGUGAUAAUGUAUUCACAAUAUUUAUACAAUUUACAAGAUAUCACUAUUUACUUUAAUGUAGAAAAUAUCACAUAAAACAUAAAUCCCCACGCAAAUAUUUUAGUAUUUAUGAUCAUAUAGUAUAAUCAUUACUGUUUCUUGUAACCGUCUUUGCCCGUCAUCUGUUUUUAAUAAUGUCAUAACCAGCACUAGUUCUACUAAUAAGCACAACUGGCUCUAAUGUUUACUUCUUCAUACGUAAUGUCCUCUUAUUAACCUGUGUUAUAAACUCUAUUUCUAAUAAAUCCAUCUAAUAAACAAAGUUCACAUUGAAAAGACUUGACCCUCCUAUCAGAAAGAUUUAGCAGUGGAUGAUCCAUUAUAUAGUCCGUACAGGAUUUAACACUUCUUUAUUCAUUUUUUCUUUUUCUUUUUUUUUAUUGUUUUGUGAUUGUUGCAGCCAAAGAUGCUUGAUUUUGCUGUUGCUGUGGUUUUUGUGCUUUUUCUUGCGGAAAACUAGUCUACUUGAAUUGGCGAAAUUGCAGUUGCAUGCAAUUGUUUGUGCACGCUCAAAUCUGCAGAAAAUCUGAGGCAAUUUUGAACAAUUGCAAGCUCCUCCGAAUAAAUGCUUGAUUUUCCGUUCAUUUCUGCAAGCGCAAAAUGGCAAAAUCCUGCAGGGACUGAUUAUAUAGCAAGACAGUUACACUGUAAUUUAUCUUAAUUCACCUAUUUUAAAGAUGAAAUGUUUAUCUCAUCUCAUCUUUAUGAUAUAUAACCAAUAUAACUAGUACGGAUUGGAAUCAAGCCUCAAGUGGGAGUAGAACUUCAGGAAUGGAGGAAAUCUGAUUGGUUCAAUUUGCAAACACUUUUAUUCUUUCUUAUUCUAAAUACAAAUGGCCUGAAUUUGAGCUCUGUAAUACAAAUAUAGUUUACUAAAAUAAAGUUUUAUGUUCAUGAAAACAAUUGGAUCGUGUUGGGAAAAGAUCAUUUGUGUGUUGCUCCAUCUUUAAUCCAAUAUUGAAAUGGAUCAUCAAGUAACAGGUGAGAAAUUAAAUUGCAGAAUGUCAUCUGGAAAGCUGAAGGGGAUUUCCUGGUGUGUGAGUGGAUCAGUGUGUCAUUUAUUGUAUGUUUGCAGCAGCUGUUUAUGUCACCUGUGUUACAACAGCUGAUAAGAGACAAAUGUUGUUAGACCUCAGUUAUAACAGAUACAUUUCAGUCCUAACAUCACUGCAAUACUUCUUGCAUUUGUUAAUCAAAUUAGACAGGUUCGAACUUAAUAUUACUAAGAGAUAUCUAGGCAUGAUUAUUUUAUCAAGUUUACAAUAAUGUUAUAAAUAAGACAAAAUAAAUUAUAAAUCUUCCUGUAUUUACAA